AGUGGGGCGCUCGUCCGAAGCCAGGCCGCGUCCGCCAUAGUGCCUGGCUUGGAAGUGUCGCCGCCGCUCGGUGAGGGCCCCCGAGCGGCAGGGGGGCAACACAAAAAGGGAGCCGGAGAAGCCCUGGCCGCUGCCCGGCAGCUUGCGGGCGUGUUCUCCCGGUUCCGGGCCUCAAGGCGACGGAAACGAAAGGCGAGCGAAGCGCGGAGGAUCCGGCGAGAGGAAGCGUCAGGGAGCCUCGGCGGUGUCCCCGGGGUCCGCCGAAGCCACCCGGCCGCCGGCUGGGGCCCGGGGUGGUGAGGAAGUGCUCCGAGGCCUCGCCGAGGCCUAGUGCCGGCUUUGUGUCCGAGGCGGCGGCGGCGGCGGGGGGAGGCGGAGCCGGGGGCGGCCUGCGGGAAGGCCUCUCCUCCGCCGACCGCGCGUUUUCGGCCUAGGCCGCGGGGCCGCUCGUGGCCUCCGGGGAGCAGGCGCCAGGGGUUUGUGUGCGGUGGGGGCCUGGGCCUGGGCCUGGGGAAGCUGACGCCGGUCGUCCGGAAACCAGGAGGAGGCGUGAGGCCGCUCGUGGACUCCGGGCCUAGGCCCUCUCCCCUCAACCUUCUCCCGGGGCCUGGGUCACCCCAAUCCACGGAGAGAGAGACCCGCCGGGAGGUGCGGCCGCGCUAUGGACCCCUGACCCCGUGGGGUCGCUCGGACUCUUAACGUGUGGACUGACCGCUACUGACUGCACCGCCUAUCCCCCCGUCUCUGCCGGCCCCUUAGCAUGAGCGAGGGGGACCCAGCCGGGUGACAUUGUGCCCGUUGGCGGAUUCUCGAUUUCCCCUCUUACCCGUCCUCGUCCUCCUCCUCCCCCAUGAAGUGCUUCUGAGUAUCGGGGGGGCUCUGGAUUAUUGUUCUGACGAACCCCUGCUUGUGGUUGGGGGGUAUUUAAUCUGAGGCCUUAGGGUCCUUCGGUGUCUUUUAAGUGUUUUGUGUGUACAUAUUUUGCUCUUAAAGUUUAUAAAUAUACAUAUAUUGAGAGUGUCCACGUCUCCUCGCUGAACCUUAGGAAUCCCUUGGCACCAUGUCCUGUGUGCAUUAUAAAUUUUCCUCUAAACUCAACUAUGAUACCGUCACCUUUGAUGGGCUCCACAUCUCCCUCUGCGACUUAAAGAAGCAGAUUAUGGGGAGAGAGAAGCUGAAAGCUGCCGACUGCGACCUGCAGAUCACCAAUGCGCAGACGAAAGAAGAAUAUACUGAUGAUAAUGCUCUGAUUCCUAAGAAUUCGUCUGUAAUUGUUAGAAGAAUUCCUAUUGGAGGUGUUAAAUCUACAAGCAAGACAUAUGUUAUAAGUCGAACUGAACCAGCGAUGGCAACUACAAAAGCAAUUGAUGACUCUUCCGCGUCUAUUUCUCUGGCCCAGCUUACAAAGACUGCCAAUCUGGCUGAAGCCAAUGCUUCUGAAGAAGAUAAAAUUAAAGCAAUGAUGUCGCAAUCUGGCCAUGAAUACGACCCAAUCAAUUACAUGAAGAAACCUCUAGGUCCACCACCUCCAUCUUACACGUGUUUCCGUUGUGGUAAACCUGGACAUUAUAUUAAGAAUUGCCCAACAAAUGGGGAUAAAAACUUUGAAUCUGGUCCUAGGAUUAAAAAGAGCACUGGAAUUCCCAGAAGUUUCAUGAUGGAAGUGAAAGAUCCUAACAUGAAAGGUGCAAUGCUUACCAACACUGGAAAAUAUGCAAUACCAACUAUAGAUGCAGAAGCAUAUGCAAUUGGGAAGAAAGAGAAACCUCCCUUCUUACCAGAGGAGCCAUCUUCUUCCUCAGAAGAAGAUGAUCCUAUCCCAGAUGAAUUGUUGUGUCUCAUCUGCAAGGAUAUUAUGACUGAUGCUGUUGUGAUUCCCUGCUGUGGAAACAGUUACUGUGAUGAAUGUAUAAGAACAGCACUCCUGGAGUCAGAUGAGCAUACAUGUCCAACGUGUCAUCAAAAUGAUGUUUCUCCUGAUGCUUUAAUUGCCAAUAAAUUUUUACGACAGGCUGUUAAUAACUUCAAAAAUGAAACUGGUUAUACAAAAAGACUACGAAAACAGUUACCUCCUCCACCACCCCCAAUACCACCUCCAAGACCACUGAUUCAGAGAAACCUGCAGCCUCUGAUGAGAUCUCCAAUAUCAAGACAACAAGAUCCUCUUAUGAUUCCAGUGACAUCUUCAUCAACUCACCCAACUCCCUCUAUAUCUUCAUUAACUUCUAAUCAGUCUUCCUUGGCCCCUCCUGUGUCUGGAAAUCCAUCUUCUGCUCCAGCUCCUGUACCUGAUAUAACUGCAACAGUAUCAAUAUCAGUUCAUUCAGAAAAAUCAGAUGGACCUUUUCGGGAUUCUGAUAAUAAAAUAUUGCCAGCUGCAGCUCUUGCAUCAGAGCACUCAAAGGGAACCUCCUCAAUUGCAAUUACCGCUCUUAUGGAAGAGAAGGGUUACCAGGUGCCUGUUCUUGGAACCCCGUCUUUGCUUGGACAGUCCUUAUUGCACGGACAAUUGAUCCCCACAACUGGUCCAGUAAGAAUAAAUACUGCUCGUCCAGGUGGUGGUCGACCAGGCUGGGAACAUUCCAACAAACUCGGCUAUCUGGUUUCUCCACCACAACAAAUUAGAAGAGGGGAGAGGAGCUGCUACAGAAGUAUAAACCGUGGGCGACACCACAGCGAAAGAUCACAGAGGACUCAAGGCCCGUCACUACCAGCAACUCCAGUCUUUGUACCUGUUCCACCACCUCCUUUGUAUCCGCCUCCUCCCCAUACACUUCCUCUCCCUACGGGUGUUCCUCCUCCACAGUUUUCUCCUCAGUUUCCUCCUGGCCAGCCACCACCUGCUGGGUAUAGUGUCCCUCCUCCAGGGUUUCCUCCAGCUCCUACCAAUUUAUCAACACCUUGGGUAUCAUCAGGAGUGCAGACAGCUCAUUCAAAUACCAUCCCAACAACACAAGCACCACCUUUGUCCAGGGAAGAAUUCUAUAGAGAGCAGCGACGACUAAAAGAAGAGGAAAAGAAAAAGUCCAAGCUAGAUGAGUUUACAAAUGAUUUUGCUAAGGAAUUGAUGGAAUACAAAAAGAUUCAAAAGGAGCGUAGGCGCUCAUUUUCCAGGUCUAAAUCUCCCUAUAGUGGUUCUUCGUAUUCAAGAAGUUCAUAUACUUAUUCUAAAUCAAGAUCUGGUUCAACACGUUCACGCUCUUAUUCUCGAUCAUUCAGCCGCUCACAUUCUCGUUCCUAUUCACGGUCACCUCCAUACCCCAGAAGAGGCAGAGGCAAGAGCCGCAAUUACCGUUCACGGUCUAGAUCUCAUGGAUAUCAUCGAUCUAGGUCAAGGUCACCCCCUUAUAGACGCUAUCAUUCACGAUCAAGAUCUCCUCAAGCGUUUAGGGGACAGUCUCCUAAUAAACGUAACGUACCUCAAGGGGAAACGGAACGUGAAUAUUUUAAUAGAUACAGAGAAGUUCCACCACCAUAUGACAUGAAAGCCUAUUAUGGGAGGAAUGUUGACUUUAGAGACCCAUUUGAAAAAGAACGCUAUCGAGAAUGGGAGAGAAAAUAUAGAGAGUGGUAUGAAAAAUAUUAUAAAGGUUUUGCUGCUGGAGCACAGCCUAGACCCUCAGCAAAUAGAGAGAACUUUUCUCCAGAGAGAUUUUUACCACUUAACAUCAGGAAUUCUCCCUUCACAAGAGGCCGCAGAGAAGAUUAUGUUGGUGGGCAACAUAGAAGUCGAAACAUAGGUAGCAACUAUCCAGAAAAGCUUUCAGCAAGAGAUGGUCACAAUCAGAAGGAUAAUACAAAGUCAAAAGAGAAGGAGAGUGAAAACGCUCCAGGAGAUGGUAAAGGAAAUAAGCAUAAGAAACACAGAAAAAGAAGAAAAGGGGAAGAAAGUGAGGGUUUUCUGAACCCAGAGUUAUUAGAGACUUCUAGGAAAUCAAGAGAACCUACAGGUGUUGAAGAAAAUAAAACAGACUCACUGUUUGUUCUCCCAAGUAGAGAUGAUGCCACACCUGUUAGAGAUGAACCAAUGGAUGCAGAAUCCAUCACUUUUAAAUCAGUGUCUGAAAAAGACAAGAGAGAAAGGGAUAAACCAAAAACAAAGGGUGAUAAAACCAAACGGAAGAAUGAUGGAUCUGCUGUGUCCAAAAAAGAAAAUACUGUAAAACCUGCUAAAGGACCCCAAGAAAAAAUAGAUGGAGAACGUGAGAAAUCUCCUCGAUCUGAACCUCCACUUAAAAAAGCCAAAGAGGAGACUCCAAAGACUGACAAUGCUAAAUCAUCAUCUUCCUCUCAGAAGGAUGAAAAAAUCACUGGAACGCCCAGAAAAGCUCACUCUAAAUCAGCAAAAGAACACCAAGAAACAAAACCACUCAAAGAGGAAAAAGUGAAGAAGGACUAUUCCAAAGAUGUCAAAUCAGAAAAGCUAACAACUAAGGAAGAAAAGGCCAAGAAGCCUAAUGAGAAAAACAAACCACUUGAUAAUAAGGGAGAAAAAAGAAAAAGAAAAACUGAGGAAAAAGGUGUAGAUAAGGAUUUUGAGUCUUCUUCAAUGAAAAUCUCGAAACUAGAAGUGACUGAAAUAGUGAAACCAUCACCAAAGCGCAAAAUGGAACCUGAUAUUGAAAAAAUGGAUAGGACCCCUGAAAAGGACAAAAUUUCUUCAACUGCGCCAGCCAAAAAAAUCAAACUCAACAGAGAAACUGGGAAGAAAAUUGGAAGUACAGAAAAUAUAUCUAACACAAAAGAACCCUGUGAAAAGUUGGAGUCAACAUCUAGCAAAGUUAAACAAGAAAAAGUCAAAGCAAAGGUCAGACGAAAAGUGACUGGAACUGAAGGAUCCAGCUCAACUCUAGUGGAUUAUACCAGUACGAGCUCAACUGGAGGCAGUCCUGUGCGGAAAUCUGAAGAAAAAACAGAUACAAAGCGAACUGUGAUUAAAACGAUGGAAGAAUAUAAUAAUGACAAUACAGCACCAGCUGAAGAUGUUAUCAUUAUGAUUCAGGUUCCUCAAUCCAAAUGGGAUAAAGAUGACUUUGAAUCUGAAGAAGAAGAUGUUAAAUCCACACAGCCUAUAUCAAGUGUAGGAAAACCCGCUAGUGUUAUAAAAAAUGUUAGUACCAAGCCAUCAAAUAUAGUCAAGUAUCCUGAGAAAGAAAGUGAGCCAUCAGAGAAAAUUCAGAAAUUCACCAAGGACGUGAGCCAUGAAAUCAUACAACACGAGGUUAAAAGUUCAAAAAACUCUGCAUCUAGUGAAAAAGGGAAAACCAAAGAUCGAGAUUAUUCAGUGUUGGAAAAGGAAAACGCUGAAAAGAGGAAGAACAACACUCAGCCAGAGAAAGAGAGUAAUUUGGACCGUCUGAAUGAACAAGGAAAUUUUAAAAGUCUGUCUCAAUCUUCCAAAGAGGCUAGAACUUCAGAUAAACAUGAUUCCACUCGUGCUUCCUCAAAUAAAGACUUCACUCCCAAUAGAGACAAAAAAACUGACUAUGACACCAGAGAGUAUUCAAGUUCCAAACGUAGAGAUGAAAAGAAUGAAUUAACAAGAAGAAAAGACUCUCCUUCUCGGAAUAAAGAUUCUGCAUCUGGACAGAAAAAUAAGCCAAGGGAAGAGAGAGAUUUGCCUAAAAAAGGAACAGGAGAUUCCAAAAAAAGUAAUUCUAGUCCUUCAAGAGACAGAAAACCUCAUGAUCACAAAGCCACUUAUGAUACUAAACGCCCAAAUGAAGAGACAAAGUCUGUAGAUAAAAAUCCUUGUAAGGAUCGUGAGAAGCAUGUAUUAGAAGCAAGGAACAAUAAAGAGUCAAGUGGCAAUAAACUACUUUAUAUACUUAACCCACCAGAGACACAAGUUGAAAAAGAGCAAAUUACUGGGCAAAUUGACAAGAAUACUGCCAAGCCUAAACCCCAGUUAAGUCAUUCCUCCAGACUUUCCUCUGACUUAACUAGAGAAACUGAUGAAGCUGCUUUUGAACCAGACUAUAAUGAAAGUGACAGUGAAAGUAAUGUUUCUGUAAAAGAAGAGGAAACUUCAGGAAACAUUUCUAAGGACCUGAAAGAUAAAAUAGUGGAGAAAGCGAAAGAGAACCUGGACACAGCAGCAGUUGUCCAGGUGGGCAUAAGCAGGAACCAGAGCCACAGCAGCCCCAGCGUCAGCCCCAGCAGAAGCCACAGUCCUUCUGGAAGCCAGACCCGAAGCCACAGUAGCAGUGCCAGCUCAGCGGAAAGUCAGGAUAGCAAGAAGAAGAAGAAAAAGAAGGAAAAGAAAAAACACAAGAAACAUAAAAAGCAUAAGAAGCAUAAGAAACAUGCAGGCACUGAAGUGGAAUUGGAAAAAAGCCAAAAACACAAACACAAGAAAAAGAAGUCAAAGAAGAACAAAGAUAAAGAAAAGGAGAAGGAGAAAGAUGACCAAAAAGUGAAAUCUGUCACUGUGUAAAAGGACAGAUCUUAAAAAUUGACUUAAUUACUAAGUCAUCUGUAUUAAAUUUUGUUAUAAUGUAAAGAGAUUCAAGCCUUGUAAAUAAUGACAUGGAAAGACCCUGUGCUGCACUUAAAAUAUUGCUGCUUGAUUAUUUGAUUUUUACAUCAGAGCUUUAUAACACGAACUUUUGUACAGAAUUGUGAGUUGUGACCAUGUAACAUGAGAGGUUUUGCUAGGGCCUAUUAUUUUUAACCACCAUUAAUUAGUUGGGGUGGAGUUUACUGUAAUGUGAAAUUUUCACAUUUGAAUUUUUUUAAUUGCCUGGCAAAAGUUGAUAUAAGUUCUAAAAUAUCAGCAGAAUGAUUUGCUGAAUUCAUUACAACCCCGUUAUGUCACUUUUUGAUUACAAUAAAAGUUUUCAGUAAACUUUUCAAA